UUUAGAUUCACGUCACUUCAUUCACGCUCCAGAGACAGCAACGGCGCGGAGCUGUGUAAGACAACCAAAUAAAGAAAAUGAAAGUGUAAUUGUUCGCCGACGUAUAAAAAUGUAGUGAACACAGAGUUCGGGUUGAUUCGAAAUCUACUUCUUGCAGGGAAGCUAAUGACUGCUUUCAGAACAUGAGCAGAUCAUUCUGGGUACUUUGGCCACUGAUGAUGUCUGUGGGACUGGCCAUCAGAGUUUACCCUCAGAGACUACCCGGUUUGCCAUUGACGACUGCAGUAAACAAACUCCCUCUGUUUGCACCAACACCAAAUCCACGCUCACAGCCUCCAGCUGCAGAAGGCGCCAAACUCCAAUUCGAAUUGUUGCCAACACCACAAGCCCAGGUUCAGGUGCCAGCCACUUCGGGUGUCCGACACCCAGCGCCAUAUCUUCUUCCAACACCUCAGGCUUCAGCAUCGGCACGUGUCAGCCAUGUACCUCAACCAUUCAGCCGGAUUCCAGUAGAUCGAUCUCCAUCCUCGGCUGCUACACAUCCUCAAUCUCAGAUUCGUAGAUCUCCAGGUGUUCGGAAUCCCCGACUGCCUGGACUGGUAGCUGUGGCUACAACACAUCCUCAAUCUCAGAUUCUACCAUCCAAAGGUGUGAAGUCUGUCCUGCAGGCUCCGUUACUAGGAGGUGUUCAGCAUUCCAGCUUGCCGGGACUCGCGUCGUCACACAUUCAUGUCCCCGUGGCAGAGAUCGAUCAGAAGUUUGCAGCUACCGCUGGCGACAAGACAGCAGAUUCUAAACAGGGUCACCACAGCCAUCAUUCAUCCAAAGCACAUGAGGCCAGCAAAGGUCACCAGAGCGCAGGGGGGCACAAAUCACAUGGAGGUCACAAAGAAUCCAAAGGUCACGAGAGCAGCGACGGCCAUAAAUCGGUCCACGAUCAUUAUUCCGGGGAGAAGGGCGAAAAAGGAAAGCAGGAACACGUGAAGGAGUCGGAGGAGAAGGGGGGCAAACACAAAUCUCACCAUGAAGAGGAUUCUCAUGGGGCGGAGCACGACGAGAAAGAGGAAGGGAGUCACGGGGCAAAGCACAAGGAGCACGACAAGUACAAGAAGACGGAAUUCAGUAAGGGAUUCCGUGAUAAGUACCACAAGGACGAGUACCACAAGAUGGACAAAUACUGGAGCAAUCAGCAGGAGAGCGGGAAGUUCAACAAAUACGGGGAACACGGCGAGCACUACCACAAACACGAGGACAAGGCCCACAAGGUCGGAAAACACGCUGAGGGAUCGAAAGAAGAGAAACACGGUAAGAAAGGGGAGUAUGCCAAGGGACACAAGGCCUCAGAGCAGAAGGGUCACGAGGGACACCACGGCAAGGAGAAACAACACAGUCAUCAGAGCAGCCAUGGCAAGAAAUCUGGCCACAAAAAUCAACAGCAGAAUCACCAGGCUCAGAAACUGAAACAAUAACAUCUCUGGAAAUGCAACCAAUCGCGAUAAUUUCCCAUUAUUAUUCCUCAAUCAAAGUGUUGAUCGUUAAUCAGAACGCGUCCAUUCGCACAAAUACACUGUUAAACAAUUUGUACGGCUGGACCUGACAUGAGAGGAAUCUUACAGCUUUCGCCGGACUACGUUGUGCAAGUAUUGUGCUGUAUUCGUGAAAUGUCUGCAGCGUCCGAGACCUUCCCGUUAUGACUACUGACUGGAACAGACUCUAAAAUGACGCAUACCUCCAGAGAGUCGCAACUUUACCAAACAUCUUAGAUCUUUCAAAAGAAAUAAUCGAGUAGAUACAUUACAUGUACAAUUAAAAUUGCCACUGAUAUACAGAACAGUAAAAGUAACUAUGUAACUGACGCUGACCACUAACCCCAUCUAGUGCCGAGGUUAAGAAUCAGUAGGAGCUAUACCAUCUCUCCCCCCAAGCGCCUAUAUGGCGUACAGAGGGACAUUUUACUUUUUCUCUACUUUUACUGAUAAAUAACAGAAAAUACAAUGACGAGGCAAAAUUUUGUCCUUACUGCAUUACGCGUACAGAAAUUCCGUCAAAAGGAGGUCUUACUAGAUCACAAGACAUUUUGUUGACAUACGUACAGUAAAGUGCAGACUGAAAAUUAGCAUGUCUUUUGGGUGAUUUUAAUUAUUAAGUAGGCUAAUUAAAAUAACGUAUUUUUUUUCCUUGUAUUUGAAAGAUUCUGUCAAAAGAAGUCGAUUGCUUGGCGAGUGUUCUAAGAUGGAAGGGCUGUAUGAUUUUAAUUCAAACAGGAAUAUCUUUGAAUAUUAACUGAUAAACUGUCUCCUCACAGUCACUUACGAGUAGGAAAGAACGUAACAGAUAAACAUAACCGAGUAAAUAAUAACAAUAACAGUUCUUAGUCAGAACGUUAACAGCUGUUCGUCUGGCGAAGUAACUCCCUGCCUUUUAUGCAACCCCCAACGUACACUGUCAUGUUCACAAGAGCCCACAGAUUCAGCUGAAUCAAGUACAGGACCUAUUUUAGAUCUAUCUUAAUAUUAUCCGAUCUACGCUCAGGUCUCGAAUGGUUCCUUCCCUUCAAGUUUUCAGACGAAAAUUGUGUAUAUAGACCUAAAUCACUGCGCAUCUCCCCAAUGCGUUCUCCAUGUCUCGCCCAUCUCGUAAAUUUUUAUACGGUCAUCUCAACAAUAUUCAGUGAUGGAAGAACUUUCUCUCAUAUUAAAAUAUUCUUGGCAAUUUUUUCCAGACCAAUUCAAUAUGUGUUCUUUCUCCAGGCUCAGAUAUCAAAAUUAAGACUCAUGUAACUCGGCAGAAUAAAACUAUUUUUAGUAUAAUAUUUAUGUAUUUUUACAUACGAGACGAUAACAUAACACAGGGUGUCAUAAUUUAACAUUCAAAUUACGAUUGGCUUCUAUUUUAAUAUUACUCUCGCCAAAAUACCGAAGAUCGAAGCAGGUUCUCACGGUGGCGAAAAUUUGAACUGUGGUCUCCUAGGUUACGCAGCCAUGUACCUGAAGAUGGAGGCAAUGGUUACUCAGAAACGUCGGUAACCUCCUACAAUAAUACACUGCUUCAUAACUCAGAAUAACACAUUCGAAAACUGAUUAAUUACUUAUCUGCAUUUUAGUGGCGACACAUAAAUACAAACUUAGUAAAAAUAAAUAAAAAAAUUAAGAACGCUACCCUUCGAGAAAUGGAAAUUAGUUGCAAAGUUCAAUAAAUGUUUAUUUUUUUAAUUUAUUGUAACUAUAAUAACCCUUUCCAGUGUAUUACAAAAAACUGCGUUUUCAAAGUUUUCUCGGUAAGAGAAAACGUUCACAGCAAUGUACAGAGCGCUUCACAAUCGGUCCUCCAAAUACCAGGGGCUGAUUCAAAAGAUGACUUCGGAUUAAACAACAUUGGUCCCGUUGAGGAGCUAUUGCGGUUUCAAUGUGCGCGCAGGGAAAAUAAAACCACACAAGCCACUUUGUUCCAAUCAAAAAUAUUUUUCGCGUUUCGUUAUUUUGGGGGCAUUCUCGUAUGUACGUAGAUAUUUGUUGUCUGCCCAUCUUAAAACGUCCAUAGCUCCGUAACGGUUGGAAACAGGACCAAUGUCGCAAAAACACAUUUUCUAGAAAUUCUCUCCCGAAUCUUCCAUCCCCUCUUCCCGACGAAGGGAGGGAACAGCGGUUGUAAAACACCCUGUAUAAGCGGUGAGUUUACCGACGUUUCAAACGUCCUUGCUGCCUCUUCCAACUCAUCGACCAUGAUGAUGGCAGCAAGGACCUCCGAAACGUCGGUAACCUUCUACCAGACAACACGGCGCUACAGCCAUUUUAUUAAACACGGCUACUGCACAGGAAUGUUAUCUUUGAAUCGAAUGAGUGACGAGCGAGGCGAAGGGUCAGAACGGAAGUGGGUUCUUGUACGAGUCUGGUAGAAAACAUCAGCUCCGCUCCGAUUCUUCGAGUGAUUUUGCUCGUAGUUUCGCGUGCGGUGAAACACGUCAUUUCUAACACCAACGCAAGGUUAGGUUCAACAAAGUAAUUCACAGCAAAUACGCAGAGACAGAUCGUUAAUAACAUCGGUAAGCUCUGCCAAUGUUUUCUUAUCAGCUAGUAGAACGUUUGAUCUCGUGACCUUGAAGCGACCUGACAAACCAAAUUUCAAUUUGGUAAUCAACUCUCGCGUACAGUACCUUAUUUUGAGAUUCUGUGUUAUGUUAAUUUAUUAUCUUAACUGUAUUUCUCAUCCUGUCUUUACAAUAUUCAUUAAAACUUUUAAUUUAUUGAAA